AUGUCGAAACAAACUCGCAAACUUGACAAGACACGGGAUCAGGAGGUAAGAAUAUCAGAUGAUAUAAGAGAGAGUCAGCUAUGGUCGCUGUACUUGAGUAUAAUGUCUGGCUUAGGUGAGAAGGCCAUGUGUGGAAUGGGUCUAACAUCGCCAUGUGUGGAAUGUGUACCUAUCCCCUGGGACCGCAAGAACAGCAAGCUAGACCGCCAGGAUUUGGUCUACGCCCUCAUCAACUGCGAGCAAGCCUUCAGCCACACCUGCAGGUUUGGUCUCGAGAGGUACCUCAUCCCCCUGAAAUUCCGCUCGGACCUCAUAACACAGCGACAACAUGACCUCCUCUUCAACAACAUGGAGCAGCUGGUUGACCUGGCCGAGAGUCUGGUGGACCGCCUUAUGGGCAAUGAUGGAGACUCAAUCGGAGAUCAGGUCGGACUCUCCUAUUACGCGCUGGUCGAGGAGCUGGCGGAGAACUACAGCCUCUACCUCGAAGGACUUCCCGAGGCCGACAAGAUCCUCGCCUUCAAGCUGCAGGAUAUGGAUUUCAAGGAUUUCCUCCUCGUCCCUACGGUGCCCAGGAAGAAACCGGAUAUCACGUCCUUCUUGCAUAAGCCGGCUGAGCACCUGCGGGAGGUCCUCGGUCUCCUGACGCAGGUUUACUCCGCAUCCCCUGGCCACAGCGACAUCACCUAUCUCGACACGGUUCUGGAACGCCUGAAGUCCUGUUACCGCGGCGUGACCAGCCAGCAGAACAUCAUGGAGCCCUCCCCGCCUGCGCCUCCGUCAGGUCAUCCCGGGUCAGCGCCCUCGCCCUCCGUCAACAGGUCACCCGUCCCCCUCCGGCCGCCGCUUGUCUCGGUGUCGGACAUUGAACAGCGUCUCGUGUUCACCAAGUUCACGCAGCGGUUUGAUGCCGUUGUUUAG